AAAUACACAGUCUCCACAGUCACCAGCCACAAACAGCAGCAGCAGAUUCCUCGGUCUAACAGGAGACACCUCAUCUCGUCCACCUGGACCGUACGAGGAGCCGGCUGAGGACGUGACAGAGGGCAGACGACUGGCUGAGGAUAACGUCUGUCUGAGCUGGCAGGCUGAAGGAAGCCACUGCAGAGGCACGGCAGCACAGUGAGCUAAGGAUUCGCUGUGAGAGGUGGAGGAACAUGCGGUCCCGCAGCAACAGUUUGGAGGAUGUAGCCAAGGCCAAGCUGGCUCAGCAGCACCACGUUGACUCACACAAGCGAUCUACAGAGAGAGAGGAACCUUCUGGAAGAGCAGAACGCCGCAGUCGUCAUCAGGAGACACUGGACGACACAGACACCGUUCAGCGAAACCACAAGAUAACGAAGAACUGCACUGGCACUGGUGGAAAAACCGGCAGCAAUGCUGCAAAGGGCGGUCGCAGGGAAAAGAGCAGGGACCUUUCCCGAGAUGACCUUGUCUUCCUGCUGAGCCUUCUGGAAGGAGAGCUGCAGGCCAGAGAUGAGGUGAUCACAGUCCUGAAAGCAGAGAAGAUUGACUUGGCCCUGCUGGAAGCCAAAUAUGGUUUUGUCACACCACAAAAAGUCCUGCAGGCUCUGCAGAGAGACGCCAUUCAGGACAAGUCUGAUAUCUUCCAGGAAGACAUCUACGAGAAACCUAUGGUAGAGCUGGAUAAACUAGUGGAGAAACAGAAGGAGACCCAUCGGCGGAUGCUGGAGCAGCUGCUGAUGGUGGAGCAGGCGCAUAAACAGGCUCUGUUCAAGUUGGAGGACGAGAAGAGAAACCACGGGGAGUUCAUGAAGAAGAGUGACGAGUUCACCAACCUGCUGGAGCAGGAGCGCGAGCGGUUAAAGCUGCUGAUAGAUCAGGAAAAGGUCUACCAAGAACGAAAAGAGGAAGAGUAUAACAAAAAAAUCUUCAGUCUAAAAGAGGAGCUGACAAAACUCAAGUCGUUUGCGUUGAUGGUGGUGGAUGAACAGCAACGUCUUACUGAACAGCUGAACCAAAAAACAGCAAAGGUCCAAGAACUGAGCACCAGCUUGUCACAAGCUCAGGAAGAACUGAGCUCAGCUAAUGCUUGUCUGCAGGAAGAGGAACAAAAAGUCUGUCGCCUGGAGGCAGAGCUGCGUGACCAAGCCAGUCGAAACCAUCAGGAACAAGAGGCCAUGACUGCCAAACUAAGCAGCGAGGAUGCUCAGAACCGGCAGCUGCGCCAGAAGCUGUCUGCCCUCAGCCGACAGCUGGAUGAGCUGGAAGAGAACAACAAGACACUGCGCAGAGCCGAGGAUGAACUACAGGAGCUGAGGGACAAAAUAAGUAGAGGAGAGUGUGGAAACUCUGGCCUCAUGUUGGAGCUUGAAGAGCUGAGGAAGCGGGUGCUCGAGAUGGAGGGAAAGGACGAAGAGUUGAUACGAAUGGAGGACCACUGCAGAGAUCUCCACAAGAAACUGGAGAAGGAGACCAACCAGAGCCGGUGCUUGAAAGCUGAAGUGGAUCAACUGAAUCAGAGAAUUACAGAUUUGGAAAAACUGGAGGAUGCAUUCAGCAAGGGCAAACAGGAAUGCAUCUCACUCAAAAGCAACUUGGAGAGAGAAAGAAACAUGUCAAAGGUUCUGAGCAGUGAGCUGGAAGACCUAAAAGACAGAGUCAAAGAACUGGAGGAAGCAGAGUGCCAACUGGGAAAGACUGAGCAGACGCUGAAGGAAGAUCUGUCCAAGUUAAAGACGCUGACUGUCAUGCUAGUGGACGAAAGGAAAGCAAUGGCAGAGAAGCUAAAACAAAUGGAGAACAAGGUGCAGAACAGUACCGGCAAACUUCAGGCAGAACAGGACAAAGUCACAUCUGUCACAGAGAAGCUAAUAGAGGAGAGCAAGAAAGCACUGAGAUCAAAAGCAGAGCUUGAAGAAAAAAUGUGCAGUGCAACAAAGGAAAGGGAUGACUUGAAGGCCAAGUUAGGAACAGAGCAGGAGAAGAACAACGACUUGGAAUCAAAGCUGAACAUGAUGAAGAAACGAUUGCAAUCGCUUGAGUCAAUUGAGAGAGAAUACCUGAGAAACAAAAGCAAAGAAGAGCACAUCAAAACACCACCCAUCAAUCGCUUCCAACAAGAAGACAACAAAGUCAAAGACUUGACACAGGAGGUCGAGAACCUGAGGCAAAAAUUAAAGGACAUGAAAGUGGUGGAAGGCGAUUUAUUAAAAACACAGAAUUUUGAAUCUCUAGAGAAAAGAUUCAACAACGAACAAGAGAAAGCAAAAGCCUUGAUGGAGGAACUGGAAAUAUCAAGAAAAGAGCUUUCAAAGUACCAACUGGCCGAGAAGAAAGAGUGCAACCAAGAGCACGUUCUUUACAAACGCUUGAAGGAGGAGGAAGCCAAGUCGAGUCAUUUGAGCAGAGAAGUGGCAGCUCUCAAAGACAAGAUUCAUGAAUACAUGGGAACAGAGGAGUCCAUCUGUCGCAUGAAGACAGACCAUUCAACGCUGCAAAGAAAACUCACCCAGCAGGAGGUCAGAAACAAAGAACUAGCCAGAGAAAUGGAGACGCUCACUCGGGAGCUUGAAAGAUACAGACGUUUCAGCAAAAGUCUUCGCCCUGGCAUGAACGGAAGGCGCUUUUCAGACCUACACUUGUCCACCAAGGAGGUUCAGACUGAACCCCUUGAUCUUAUGUCUCCCAGCGAGAAGACUGUGAUGCCGCUGGAGCGAGCAGUGGUGAACGGGAAGCUGUACAAUGAAAGCGAACCUGAAGAUAACGCAAAUUACAGCAAUGAGCUACAGCUCACCAAAUGUGGCCCUUCCGUCAUUAAUAAUGUCAACAAUCUAAACAAUAACUUGAAACGAGUGAGAAGCCCAUUCCUUAAAAGCAAAGAUGGUCCGCUUCAUCAGGUGAAUGGCAAAAUGCAACCGGGACACAACAGCAACCAUGCACAGCCAGGAGACGUUGUGUUGACCCACCAUCCUGGGCAGCCUUUACACAUUAAAGUGACUCCGGACCAUGGUCACAACACUGCAACAUUAGAGAUCACCAGUCCGACCACAGAAACCCCCCAAUCGUUCACCAGCACCGCCGUCAUACCCACAAGUGGAGGUCCGCCAAAGCAGAGAAUCACCAUCAUCCAGAAUGCUUCCAUAUCUCCAAAUGCAAAAUCAGUUUCCCCAACAGCUAAACCCAAGUGUUCCCCCAUGUUAGAUGAGCCAUGUUCACCAGACAGGGCCCUGUCACCAUUCACUAUGACUACAUACUCCAGAGCUAUGACCCCAGACUCGUGUGGUUCUGUAACACCAGACCGAGCCAUGUCACCCAUACAGAUUGUUUCAGUGACAACAGGCACCCCUGAGCGCUCCCUUUCCACGGAGCCAGUGGAGGUUGUUGGUGGGCACGCCAUCUUCUGCGUGACCCCAGAGAGGCAGAACAACUGGCAGGUCCAGAGGUCCAACAGCUCAGGUCCGAAUGUCAUAACGACAGAGGACAACAAAAUCCACAUCCACUUAGGAAGCCCAUUUGUUCAGAGCGUUAGCUCCCCAUCUCAGACGCGGAGUCCAUGCCACGUGCCCAGACUCCAGGAGCAAAGGACUCAGAUUGUUGCCAACUGCAGUACUCCUGCUGUCAAAGGCAACAGCAAAAUCACAAGUAGCAUCACGAUUAAGCCCACCUCCACUCCGGUCCAAAGGCCAUCACAGAUUACAAUCCCUCUAGAAGCAUUCCGACGUCCAGGACCGACCAGGAUUCCCAAACCAAAAGGUUCCAGCUCCCAAAAAGGCACCAACGGCGCAGUAGCAAGCCCAGGACCGCAAAGUAAAAGUCCACAGCUGCAGACUCAAAUGACCACAGGGAGGGAGCCAGCUUCGACUCACAACAACAACAACCCAAAUCUAAUGAACCGGAGACUGUGA